CUUUGUUAAUGAAUUACCGUCAACGCCGAAUUACAGAUAGUGAGGUUGAGAGACUAGCUCAGCUAUGGCGACGGCAAUGGCACGAUCUGCUCUCCGAACCGCCCUACGCGGCGGCUCCCGCCCCUCCGCUGCCCCCAAGCGAUCCUUCGCUUCCUCUGCGGGCCACGACGAUGCCUAUGAAACGGCGAAAUGGGAGAAGAUAACAUAUCUUGGCAUCGCAACUUGCACUGUUCUGGCCAUCUACAAUCUCUCAAAGGGGCAUCCUCACCAUGAAGAACCUCUCCCAUACUCAUACUUGCACAUUCGCAACAAGGAGUUCCCAUGGGGUCCUGAUGGUCUUUUUGAGAGUAAGCAUCAUUGAGAUCGAUGACUGAUGAGUUGGAUUUGUUGGAAUAUCCUUUGUUCAGCGCUUAAGCGUUCUGUCUGGAUUUAGUACUUUGUUGUUGGCAUUUUGGCAUCUUGUUAUCUGUUUAUUCGCAUCGAAUGCAUACUUCAGAUGGUUCAAUAAGAUUGACAUAAUUCGGGCAUUCCAUUGUGCGUAAGCAUAUACUUCACCGAUGCUUGUUUGGCUAAACUAGUCUCUCUCGUAGUUGAAAACUUCGUUUGAUUGCUCUAGGUGUGGAUGAGCUAAAUGUGAAGUAGUUGGCGCUCCAUGGAUCUGCAUAUGUAAUAAGCCGUCCAGUGCUCCAAGGCAAAAACUUAUGAAAUUGCUUUGCUAUCAAUAAAAUACAGUGUCCGCUCCGGACUAUAUUGCUUGA